CGUGCACUGCGGUCGGCGCGUGCAAUGGUACAAAAUGGCUACCGGGAAACGUCAAUACAUUUUAUAUUAACAAGAGAGCUUGGUGCCUUUGUGUGAAUUACCGAGGCGCGAAGUUGCAUCGCAAUAGAAACGCAUGCUGUCUAAUUGACCGGUUCCUGAUUUUCUUGUGAUUUGCGUGUAUGUGAAGGUGCGUGUGUCGACGCGAUGGCGGAAUUUGUGCGCGGUGGGCCCAGCGUGUCCAACAAUGCCAAGAUAGAACAUAACAGCAAAGGAGGAUCUCCUAGCACAGGAAGUGAAGAUGGUGGUCAAAAUGAAUCAUUGAAUGCGGAGAAUGAAUUUGAUCCUUUUUUAGAAAAUAUGCCAGAUGAUAUACAAGAUACAGAAGAACCUGAUGGCACAAAUGCUACUCUGUUAACAGCACCGCCAGAAAAUCAGUGGUAUCAUGGUAGAUUAGAUAGAUUUACAGCGGAAGAAAGACUGUGGGACGCCAGCAAAAUGGGCAGUUAUCUGGUCCGUGAGAGUGACAGAAAACCUGGGAGUUACGUUCUGUCUUAUUUAGGAAGAACUGGAAUAAAUCAUUUUCGAAUUACUGCUGUUUGUGGAGAUUAUUACAUUGGUGGUCGUCAGUUCAACAGUCUAUCGGAUUUGGUCGCGUAUUAUACUCAUUGCUCAGAUCUGCUAAAGAGAGAAAGACUUAUACAUCCAACACCACCUCCUGAACCAGUGAACGACAAAAAGCGAAUUGUCGCGAUCUUACCCUAUACAAAAAUGCCUGAUACCGACGAACUGAGCUUUCAAAAAGGAGAUAUAUUUUUCGUGCACAACGACAUGGGCGAUGGAUGGUUGUGGGUUACUGCUCACAGAACUGGCGAACAGGGUUUAAUAUUUCGCGAAUUAGUAGAAGAUUUGGAUGAUUCAAUAGAUCCCAAUACAGUGUUUUCUUGGUUUCAUCCCAAUGUUACCAAGAGCGAAGCAGUGGAUAUGUUGGUGAAGGCAGGACCUGGAAGUUUCUUAGUGAGACCGUCAGAUAACAGUCCGGGAGAUUAUUCACUUUUUUUUCACAUAAAUAACCAAAUACAAAGAUUCAGAAUCGAAAAGAAAGGCGUGCGUUAUCUCAUGGGGGGUAGAACAUUCGAGUGUCUCGAUGCUGUAAUUAACAGAUACCGAAAAGAACAAAUAGUGGAAGGGCACACUUUAGUUCAAGCAAUGGUGACCGAACCCGAUGGUAGUGUCCGAGUAAACAGAGAGGUUCAGCAUGCUGAAAAAAUUUACGCGACUUUAAGAGAAUGUCGAGAACAAUCGGGAGCAAAGAAGAACAAAGGGAUCAAAAUGCAAGGAUAUUUGGAGAAAAAAUCCGAGAAGAAUAAAAAAUGGAAAGCGUUAUACUUUGUGUUGCUGGUCGAUGCUACAGAUACGCACCUAUAUCUGUACGAAAAUCCUAAAAGAACCAAACCAAAAGGUCUUAUCGACUUAAGUUGUGCUUAUUUAUACCAGGUCCACGAAAGUGUGUUUGAUAGGCCUCAUUGUUUCCAAUUAGUUGAACGUGCUUUACCAUGUCUGGCCACCAUAACUUACCUUGCUGCUCCGAAUUCCGAAAACGCAUUAGACUGGAUUAACGCCUUGAAACCACUGUGUGUGUCGCAACUCACUCGCGCUCCGAAAGUUGCCCGCCUUCGUGAAUUACGUUCGUUGCACUUGCAUAUCUUAGAUGCGCAUAGGCUUCCAUAUAAGCUAGUUCCGAAUCCGUUCAUUAUAGUUGCCCUAAACAAUGUCAAAGUCGCUCGCACAAAGGUUAAAACGGGACUACAUCCGCUUUGGGACGAGGAAUUCAUUCUGGAAGAUGUACCUCCGGAUGUUAUGUCUUUCUCCCUGACUUUGUACAACAAGGGUAAGCGUAGCAAAGACACUGAAGUUGCGGAAUUAACAGUUGAAUUAGCAAGUUUGACUAAUGGCGAAGAAAUGGAUCAAUGGUAUCCGUUGUCAGGCGUCACGCCUAUAGGAGAUUGGGGAGCUUUACGUUUACGUAUAAGAUACAGACACGACUUAGCUAUGCCUCCCGAAGAGUACAGCCCUCUUCAGCAGUUAUUGCUAGAUCCAGAACUGCAUGUUGUCAAGGCUUUAGCAGAUGUGUGCCAUUUAGAUAGAGUACCUUUGGCAAAUAGUCUUCUUAGAAUCUUUAGACACGAAAGAAAAGAAGCAGAUCUGUUACGAUCUCUGAAUCAAGCUGAAGUUGAAAAAGAAGACGAAACACCGACAUUAUUUAGAGCUGCCAGUCUUACUACCACUUUAAUGGAUUUGUACAUGAAAUCCGUUUGUACUUCAUUUUUAAAAGCUGCUUUGCGUGAUACGAUCUUGAAACUAAUUGAAAGUAAACAAAGCUGUGAAUUAAAUCCAACGAAAAUGGAUUCUCCGGAAGAUGCGUGCAACAACGCGGAAUUUUUAUUACAAGUACUAGACGAAGUUACAUUAAGUAUCUUCACGAGUCCCGACGCAUGUCCACGGACUCUCAGAUACAUUUGCGGAUGCUUACAAAGAGCAGUGGUCGCCAAAUGGCCACAUGAAAGACUAGUCAGAACUCGAGUUGUCAGCGGAUUUAUAUUUCUUCGCCUUCUUUGCCCUGCCAUAUUGAAUCCUAGGUCGUUCAAUUUGAUAGCUGAGCCGCCACCUCCAUCUGCCGCAAGAUCAUUAGUCAUGGUGGCAAAAUGUCUACAAAAUUUAGCUAAUCUAGUAGAAUUUGGUGGAAAGGAGCCAUAUAUGGAAGUCGUGAAUCCAUUCAUAUUAAAAAACAAAGAACGAAUGGUGGUGUUUCUUGAUCAGCUAUCCAACGUUGCGGAAAAACCGGAAUCGGAAGGUACAGAUCCGAGAACGAAAAGCGUUUCCGAUACGGCAAGAGAUUUAGCGACGUUACAUCACAUUUGCGUUUCACAUUUGAAAGAGCUUCAAGUUUUGUCAAAGACACAGCCGACGAUUAAACAGCUGGUAACUGUGACUGAAAUGUUAAGCAAACACAAGCAAAAAUACAUGGAAAUGAUACGGUAGUGCUAGAGCCAUCAGUCAUAAAUAAUGCCAAACACAAUAAAACGAUUUAUAAGAUUUGACGACGAAAUAACAUAUAGUAGAAUAUUUAAUAAGUAUAAUUAAGUAACUAUAAACGUACAGACUGACGUGCCAUAUGUAUUACUGUAUACACUCAAGCCUACAUUUACU